CAUGGGAAUUUCAGAUUUAAGUUUUGGUGUUAUACACUUAAUUUUAUGAAAGUAUAUUUAAUAUACUAUAAAACAAACAAACUUCUGCCCAUCAAAAUAAGAGUCUGAAUAUUGUCCAACAGUUUGAAGAUUUCUCAGAAGUCGAUAACAGAAACUUUACAAAACAGCUGAGCAAAUUUGAACAGGGUAAGCUAAGCGUGCUAAAUGUUUUCAAAGUUAUCACAAUGCGCUAAUGCGUUAAGCUAGAUGCUACCUCUGCUGUUAGCAGAUUAGCAUAAAGGGCUAAUCGGUUUCAGCAGCGUGAACAAACUCCAGAUAUUUGGGGUUCUGGUAACAGGAACAGGAAGGAUUUGAUUCUGAUUGGCCCUUCAGAAAUGGUUAGCUAAACCGCUAAGCUAGAUAUUAGCUCUGCUAGCAUUAGUGGAAGUGCAUCAGGAACCAAACCUGAACCGGUUCCCGAGUCAUAUAUGUUCUAGUUCUGGUUCUGACACGGUCUCUCUCUGUGUCUCUGCAGUCAUGGAUCAGUGAAGCGGAUCUUCAUCGGACCCGCAGCACCUCCUCCUCUUCCUCCUCUUCCUCUCUCGCUCCACCAUGCUCCCCUCCUCUCUUUCCUCUUCUCUUCCUCUCCUCCUGCUCCUCUUCCUCCUCCCGUCCCUCCUCUUUCUCCCAGCCCCGCCCUCACCGCAGUCGGGCCGUGCCGAGUACCGGGCGCCCGACGCAUCCUUCACCCACCUGGCGGUGCACCGACAGACGGGCGAGGUUUUCGUGGGCGCCGUGAACCGGGUGGUGAAGCUGAGCGCCGCCCUGCUAGAGCUGAAGAGUCAUGUGACCGGCCCGGUGGAGGACAACGCCCGCUGCUACCCGCCCCCCAGCGUCCGCGCCUGCGCCCACAGGCUGGAGAGCACGAACAACGUGAACAAGCUGCUGCUGGUGGAUUAUACUGGGAGCAGACUGGUGGCCUGCGGCUCCAUCUGGCAGGGCGUCUGCCAGUUUCUGCGGCUCGACGACCUCUUCAAGCUGGGAGAGCCGCAUCACCGCAAGGAGCAUUACCUGUCCGGCGCCAAGGAGCCCGACGGCAUGGCAGGCGUGGUUGUCGGGGAAGAUGAUUGGACGGCGGACUCCAGGAAGAAGAAGCCGGUGAAAGGCAGCAGUCGGCUGUUCAUUGGCGCCGCCAUCGAUGGGAAGUCAGAGUACUUCCCCACGCUGUCCAGCAGGAAGCUGGUGGCCGACGAGGAGAACAACGACAUGUUCUCGCUGGUCUACCAGGAUGAAUUUGUGUCGUCGCAGAUCAAGAUCCCGUCGGACACGCUGUCCACCUACCCGGCCUUCGACAUCUACUAUGUGUACGGCUUCUCCAGCCGGACCUACGUCUACUUCCUGACGCUGCAGCUGGACACGCAGCUGACCCAGAUGGAGGCCGGCGGGGAGAAGUUCUUCACCUCCAAGAUUGUGAGGAUGUGCUCCAACGACACUGAGUUCUACUCGUACGUGGAGUUUCCUCUGGGCUGCACAAAGGACGGCGUUGAGUACCGGCUGGUCCAGGCCGCCUACAGGCAGAAGCCGGGCCGGCGGCUGGCCCAGGCGCUCGGCCUGGGUCCGGACGACGACGUCCUGUUUGUGGUCUUCUCACAGGGUCAGAAGAACCGCUCCAACCCACCCAGAGAGACGGUGCUGUGUCUGUUCACCCUGCAUGACAUCAACCUGGCCAUGAGGGAGCGCAUCAGCUCCUGUUACCGCGGAGAGGGACACCUCACGUUGCCGUGGUUACUCAACAAAGAGCUGCACUGCAUCCACACUGUGAGUCGUCGGCAGAAUGAGAUCAAAAACGUCUUUUUCAGGCGAGACCUGGCGCCACGUCUGUGGCGCUGCGGUUUUCACAAAGUUCCCUUUUUGCAUAACGUUGAUGCUUUAUGGGAUGGUUUCCUGUUUUCCAUCGUUUCUUGCCUGAUGCAGCAACACGGCGCCUCCAUCGUGCUGUGGCGUUCGUCUCACAGCUUCAGGGUCUGAUGGUGGCGUUUUUCUGAGCUUGGAGUCCAAUCAGAUUUCCAGAUUGUUCCGGAUCCGCUCCGCAGGGUUCUGAACUCGGCCCCUUUGUAGGCGAGGAAUGGAGAACGGAGCAGAAGGAAAUGUGUCUCAGUGUGAGCUGCAGUGGGGUUAUUUCAGGUCGGGGGUAGAUGAUGUUCGUAUUCACGGCGGUAAUGGCCUGCAGUCGUUGCCAUGGCAACCAGGCAGGGAGACUCUGGCAGGAGCGGCGAUCUGGGCCGGCCCGGUUCGGGGGUGCAAUGGGGGAAGCAGAACCGGCCAAUCAGCCUCACGCUGAUGAAAGCCAUAAAACAUCAGAACCGGGUCUGAGCGCUGGGGGCGGGGCUUACGGCCCAUCUGACCCGCUUCCUUUAUCAGCAGCAGC